GCGUGCUCAAGCCGCGCCCCCUGCUCUACCGUUAGGAGGUUGCUGGGCAUCUGGCCCAAGUGAGUGGGAACCUGAAGGUCUCGCAUUGGUGACGCCGUUGGCUGGAGGUGACCAUGUCAGAGUCUGGGCACAGUCAGCCUGGGCUCUAUGGGGUAGAGCGGCGGCGGCGGUGGAAGGAGCCGGGCUCCAGUGGCCCCCAGAACCUUUCUGGGCCUGGAGGUCGGGAGAGAGACUACAUUGCACCCUGGGAGAGAGAGAGACGGGAUGGCAGCGAAGACCCCAGCACUAACGUCAUGCAAAAAACCCCCAUUAUCCUCUCAAAGCCCCCAGCAGAGCGGUCAAAGCAGCCGCCACCAACCACAGCCCCUGCAGCACCACCAGCCCCAGCCCCACUGGAGAAACCCAUUGUGCUCAUGAAACCACGUGAGGAGGGGAAGGGGCCUGUGGCUGGAACAGGGGCUACCACCCCUGAGGGCACUGCCCCACCACCCCCCACAGCCCCUGCGCCACCCAAAGGAGAGAAGGAGGGGCAGAGACCCACGCAGCCUGUGUACCAGAUUCAGAACCGGGGCAUGGGCACUGCAGCACCAACUGCCAUGGACCCUGUGGUGGGCCAGGCCAAGCUCCUGCCCCCGGAGCGCAUGAAGCACAGCAUCAAGCUGGUGGACGACCAGAUGAACUGGUGUGACAGUGCCAUUGAGUACCUGCUAGAUCAGACUGACGUGUUAGUGGUCGGUGUCCUGGGCCUCCAGGGGACAGGCAAGUCCAUGGUCAUGUCACUGUUGUCGGCAAACACUCCAGAAGAAGACCAGAGGGCGUAUGUCUUCCGGGCUCAGAGUGCCGAGAUGAAGGAACGAGGGGGCAACCAGACCAGUGGCAUCGACUUCUUCAUUACCCAGGAGCGGAUCGUCUUUCUAGACACACAGCCCAUCCUAAGCCCAUCCAUCUUGGACCACCUCAUCAAUAAUGACCGCAAACUGCCCCCAGAGUACAACCUCCCUCACACCUAUGUGGAAAUGCAGUCACUGCAGAUAGCUGCCUUCCUCUUCACGGUCUGCCAUGUGGUGAUCGUUGUGCAGGACUGGUUCACGGACCUCAGUCUGUACAGGUUCCUGCAAACGGCUGAGAUGGUGAAGCCGUCCACCCCGUCCCCCAGCCAUGAGUCCAGCAGUUCCGCAGGCUCGGAUGAGGGCACUGAGUACUACCCGCACCUCGUCUUCCUUCAGAACAAGGCACGCAGGGAGGACUUCUGUCCCCGGAAGUUACGGCAGAUGCACCUGAUGAUUGACCAGCUCAUGGCACACUCCCACCUGCGCUACAAGGGUGAGCAUCCCCAGGCUCCCCCCCCGUUCCACUAUGCUGCCCGGAUCUGGGACGGGGUGAAGAAGUCCUCAGCCCUGGCAGAGUACAGCCGCCUGCUGGCCUGA